GGAAUUAUCCUCGACAUGAAACUAUGACAAACCAUUACCCUCAGAUAACCCUGAUGCGGUGGAAGAAGCGUGACUACUGCAGACCCAUCCCCAUAUCUUUUUUCCAUCAUGGACGGAGGGCGGCGGCAUCGGGAUCCCUUCCCUAUCGGCGUCUAGAUCGGAGUAAGCCGUUAUCUCCUUGGACCCUGGCUUGUCUCACUGUUUUUUGAUCGACCCACUGUGGGUUCCGGGGACCACUGGGGAACGGCUGUCAACCACUCACGGCUGGGCUAUAUAAUUUUCGAUGUGAUUCUACUCUAUCCAUUGGUAAGAGCCGAGCCUGCGUCCCGGUUGUCCUCUCCUUUCUGGUUAUUUACGCAUAUCUCUCUUCCAUCACGCCUUCGUUUGUCAAUUGCUUCCUUCCUUCUUUUCUUGUUCUCUCCCUUUGCCUAUCCGUCAGCCAGCGUUGUUGGAAUCACUCAAGAUGGCCUCUGCUACUCGCACCUUCGCCCGCGCUCUGCGCACCUCUGCUCGCCCGGCUAUCAACGCCGCUCCCCGCGCCGCUUUCCGCCAGAGCGCCCGCUUCUACUCCGCCAAGCCCACCGGUGGCAGCUCCAGCAACGGCCUCUUCUACGGCCUUGCCGGUGCCGGUCUCCUCGGCGGUGGUGCUUUCUACCUCUACAGCAACGACAGCAACGUCGCCCCCAAGCUGUUCGUCCCCAAGUUCGAGGACUACCAGAAGGUGUACAACGAGAUUGCCAGCCGUCUCGAGGAGAAGGAGGACUACGAUGAUGGCAGCUACGGCCCCGUUCUCGUCCGUCUCGCUUGGCACGCCAGCGGUACCUACGACAAGGAGACCGGCACUGGUGGCAGCAACGGCGCCACUAUGCGCUUCUCUCCCGAGAGUGACCACGGUGCAAACGCUGGUCUCAAGGCUGCUCGUGACUUCCUUGAGCCUGUGAAGGCCAAGUUCCCCUGGAUCACCUACUCCGAUCUUUGGAUUCUUGCCGGUGUUUGCGCCAUCCAGGAGAUGAUGGGCCCCACCAUCCCCUACCGUGCCGGCCGCCAGGACCGUGACGUCGCUGCCUGCACUCCUGAUGGCCGUCUUCCCGAUGCCGCUCAGGCCCAGGACCACCUCCGAAACAUCUUCUACCGCAUGGGCUUCAACGACCAGGAGAUCGUCGCUCUCUGCGGUGCCCACGCUCUCGGCCGCUGCCACACCGACCGCUCCGGCUACUCGGGCCCCUGGACCUUCUCCCCUACCGUCCUGACCAACGACUACUACAAGCUGCUCCUUGAGGAGAAGUGGCAGUGGAAGAAGUGGAACGGCCCCAAGCAGUAUGAGGACAAGAAGACCCAGACCCUCAUGAUGCUUCCCGCCGACAUGGCCAUCAUCCAGGACAAGAAGUUCAAGGAGUGGGUCAAGGUUUACGCCGCCGACAACGACAAGUUUUUCGAGGACUUCUCCGCCGUCGUCAAGAAGCUUUUUGAGCUUGGUGUUCCCUUCAAGGAGGGCACUGAGACCUGGACCUUCAAGCCCGUCAACGCCUAA